UGGGUUUAAAGGUAAGCUGAGCUAAUAGACAGUGCGAGGUCACAAGGCAUCUCUGAAAGCACUAGGUUAAGCAUAAAACUUGCAAGAAAACAUUAAAAUGAGCAGGGUAAAAAAUAUGAUUAUGAGGAUGAAGGUGAGGAAUGAACUGGCACGUCAGCUUUUGGGGGAGUUCAUAGGCACUUUUGUCCUUCUGCUGUUUGGUUGUGCUGCUGCAGCUCAGGUGAAAACCAGCAGAGAAACCAAGGGACAGUUUCUGUCUGUUAACAUGACCUUCUCUGUAGGUGUCAUGGCUGCCAUGUACCUCUGCAGGGGAGUAUCAGGUGCUCAUUUAAACCCCGCUGUGUCUAUGAGCUUCUGUGUGUUGGGUGAUCUACCCUGGAAAAGGCUGCUACCCUACUCUCUGACUCAAAUUUUGGGAGCUUACCUUGCCUCUGGGCUUGUCUAUCUCAUCUACUAUGAUGCAAUCAUGGAGUUCAGUGGGGGAGUUCUGACUGUAUUUGGUCCAAAUGAAACAGCCAGUAUCUUUGCCACUUACCCUACUGAUGUGGUGUCAGUGCAGACCAACUUCUUGGAUCAGGUGGUUGGUACAGCCAUGCUGAUGUUAUGCAUUCUACCUCUGAGUGAUAAGAAAAAUACUCCUGCACCUGAUGCGUUGCUCCCUCCCAUUGUAGCAACUGUUGUCUUAGGCAUUUCCAUGUCAAUGUCAGCUAACUGUGGAGCAGCUAUAAACCCUGCUCGUGAUCUUGGUCCACGACUAUUCACCUUCACUGCGGGCUGGGGCACUGAAGUCUUUACGUGCUAUGACUACUUCUUCUGGAUUCCAAUAGUGGCUCCUAUGGUAGGGGGCGUGGUCGGGACCAUCAUGUAUCUGGUCUUCAUUCAGUGGCAUCUACCUGAACCACAGUCUGAAUCUGAGGAGAAUAAAGGUCAGACAAAGGUUGUGGAACAUAAUGACCAGCAACAUGUGGACAAAAAGGACGAAUUAUACCUUAAAAUGUCUCCCCUAUAAAAACCUGGGGAGAGUUGGGGCAGAGACUUUAUGUUAGUGCACGUGUUGUGGUAAAUUGAGAAAUGGUGUUCAUGUGCUAUGUGAGUUUGAAUCUGGCUCACAGUAUUUCUUGAUCAAAUUUUCAUUCUUGCCUCUAUCAUUUACAGUCUGUUCUAUAAAUGGUACAAAAUGCCACAAAAUUUACUCAGGAUGAACUAAAAUUUUUCACAACAGAGCUGCAGAUUUGAUUCAUAACUUAUUAUAAAACCUUUCCCCCCACAAUUGCAUUUGUGCCCCAAUAUUCUGAAGGCUGGCUGAGCAAACUGGAAUAUUUUUUAAAGCAUUCAUAAUGUUUUAAUAGA